AUGCUCAGGGCACCGACCCUCGAUACAACGCAAAAAGAGAUGGAUUUCUUCGACUCCUCCUUUUUUGCGACCGGGAAAAGCUUGCCAAGCCCGCAAGAAGUGAUUGCGCUCUCCAGCGAGUUCACCACCAAUCCGCGGCCCGCACCCAUCAAGUUCGAGGAGCUUGGUCUCCUGGUCAAGUUUGGUCAUUAUGUGGCCGUUGAUGAAGCCCUGUGUCUACGUGCACUUCGACAGUCGCCGUUGCUGGCCAAGAAAAUCCCUGUGCCGGAAGUCUAUGGCUGGAGAGUUCACCGGGAUACAGUCCUGAUUUACAUGGAGCUUAUCCGGGGAGACACAAUACAAGAUCGAUGGGAUUCUCUCAGCGAGCUGGAUAAGGCGUCAAUCUGUGAUCAGCUGCGGGAGAUUGUAUCUUCCCUUCGGCAAGCCAAACAGGACCCCGGAGACUCAUUUAUUGGAUCCAUCAGCCAUCAACACUUGCGUGAUUAUGUUUUUCACCACAUGCCUCGGACUGGGCCUUUCAAGAAUGUCAAAGAGUUCAAUGACUGGUUUUCAUUCUUGCCUCAACACUGGCUUCCCGAAUCAAGGAGAUAUCAAGAUCCUUAUCGACAUUUCUUGCCAGACACCGCAGAAAUCAAGUUUACUCAUGGCGACCUACAUUUGAACAAUAUUAUGAUCUCUUCGACAGGGCCCCCGCGCAUUCUUGCUGUGAUCGACUGGGCUCAUGCUGGCUGGUACCCCGAAUACUGGGAAUAUUGCAAGGCCUGCUACACAUCACACUGUGAAGGUGAGUGGCGCAAUGUUUGGAUGCCCAAGUUCUUGACCCCAUAUGAAAUUGAGUGUCAUGUAUUUGGAGAUUAUGUCCUGCAAAUGGGGGCAGUCUAA